GCGAAAGUUCUGGGCGGCAUUCAACGGGGCGUUGGGACCAAGCACAAACCGAAUAUCACCAUGGCGGACGCCAACGGCAGGUUGGGCAGCAUUUGUUCCUCGGCGGUGGGAGGCGAGGGACUUAGGCAUGGCGAAGACGACAGCGGAGCCCGACUUCGUGAUGCAGCGGUGACCAACGGCCACAGCAUCAUGAGUAUUCUUGUCUCCAACGGCAGAAGCCACCAUACUUGGAAGGACGCGAAAGGGAACCAGCAUCGCAUCGACUACACCCCCAUGGACUCCGAGCGCAGCCAGGCGGCCGCCGACGCCCGCGCGACACUCGACAUCGAAACAAUGACAAAGAAAAAGAACAAGGCGACAAUGGCACCACACUGGAACAUGGGCUACGGCGAGCACAUCUACUGCUACACCAUGGCGGUCCUAGAGGCGGCGCAAGCAGCGCUUCCGAAGGCCAACGCCAAGCGCAACCAGGAGUACAUCAGCGACGAGACACUGCACGUGAUACUUGACCGACGACGGCCCGCCAAGAUGAUCAGGAAGAUCAGCGCCAGCCCGAAGUGCCACCCAGCAGUGACAAAGUUAAUCAGAAGGGAAGCUGCGGCCACCAUCGAGAAUCUGAGCAGGGGCAUCCCGAAGGAGCACAUCUCCAGCGCGUGCACUAUCGCAACCCAGUUGCUCGCGACGGCAGACGAGGUCAUCAGCGCGGACAACGUUGACAACUUCAUUCCCACAACAUGGAAGUGGCUCGAGGACACCAAGAAGCUCACCAACUUCAUGGCCAACCGCGACUACGACCAAUUCCUGGAAAAAAGCAGGCAGCAGCAGCGACUUCCAGGAGAGCCGAUGGGGGACGUCUCCAGGAAGAGCGAGGAGGCCACAGAGCACUCCGGACUCAACGAGGCGGCCCAACUUAGAGAUCGAGACGACGUCACCAACGCCUACAACGACGCCAAGGCGGCGCUAUAUUGUCGAGAAGGGCUUGCACACAAAGGUUCAAGGAUGACUUACUCCUGGAAAGGCAAGGUCAACCAGGGGAUGCUCGACACUCAACGGUCUAUCACGCUUGCCAACGCGGUCAUCAAGCACCGCUACAGGCACAUCAGGCAGCGCAUGACAGACCUCACCCCCGACAUCCUGUUCAGCGCGCGGACGGGCGGGGGGCAGCACUACAGCGCGGACUUCAACCACGUGGUAGUCAACGGCUUGAUCUACAAGCUCGCGCAGAGCCAGGACGAGAUCGACGACGUCAUGGACAACGUAGACAUCCCUGCAGAAUUGCAUCCAGCCAUCGGGGAGCUCAUGCGCAACGGCAUCAUCAUCGGGCGACACGUAGGCAACGAUCACAUCACGACGAAGCUGGCAGAAGCCCGCAGAGGCACUUGGUUCUACAUCAACGCGGAGGCGACCUGCCCCGAUGAGGUCUACGUCGACAUCCCGAGCAGCGAACGCAUCAUGCAGCAAGACGACGAGCCGAAGGCGAUCACCUCGACCUCAUCCGUCGACGACGUCAAGGCAGCUGCAACGACCGAAGACGGCGACAAGCUCGACAGCAUCAUCACCACGAUGUUGUCGCAUCUGACAAGAUCCACCCUCUCAAGGGGACUGCCCAUCAACGCGAAGAAGUCCAGCUUCAUGGUCUAUGCCAACUCCAAGAAGGGCACAAGACGAGCACGACAAUACAUCGCCAGCAGCGUCAGCUUCAACAGCCACGGGUCUCUUUUCCAACGGAAAGCGAUCACCGACACCGCCAGGACCCACUACCUCGAAGACUUCGCUCUUUCCAAGAUGUUCUACAACGGCGACACGUGGAUAUUGACGAAGGAUGGCGACCACAACAAACUGGAAUCAGCUUACUCGACGGCGGCAAGACAAGCACUCGGGAUACCGCACCACGACGUCAAGACGAAAGCCAUCACGAACGCGGACAUCAUCGACGCGGCGGGAAUACCGACAUUCCAGACGAGGCUACGCACACAGCGGCUACGGCAAAUUGGACGGCUCGUUGACGGAUGCCCCCGAGAACUGCAAGCGCUCAUCGACAACGACAUCCACAAUGACGGCAAGUGGGCCCAGCAGAUGACCUUG